UUUUUCCAGUGAGUUAGUAUGACUUGACUGUUGGUAGAAUUUCUAAUUGCAAACCUUUGAAAGUUCAAAAUGAGUCGUCGAAGACGCGAAAAGUUUCGUCCAAUUUUACCACGUCCUGGUGGAGGAGCUGCUAAUACUCCUAUCGCAAGCUCGAAAAAGGAUGCAGAGCAAAAAAUUGAUUCUCCAAAGGAGGAUGCCAAACAAAUUAAUGAAAAUGUACCUGAAACUGGGAAGAAAUCUGAGUUAUUGGAAGAUGUUCAAACACAAUCAAAAGUUAUAACAGAUGAAGUUAUAACAGAGCCAGAAAAGCCAAAUGAUGACCCACCAGCUAAAAUCGAUACUGUUUCUCCAAAUACAGACACUACACCACAGAAAGAGGCAACUGCAGUUGACAGUACCAGUCAAUUUAGUACUAAUGAAAGCACCAAGGCCCAAGAGAAGCCUGCAGCCAAAGCACCACCGGCCUCAAGAAGACGGAGAAUGGUUGCUAAACCUUCAACAAAGAGACCUGUAAAAGCAAACCCUAAACCUGCAUCAGUAAACACGGAAAAGAAAUCUGUUUCAAUUCCACAGCCAAUCCUAACUCUACCUAUUGCUGAAUCUGCUUCAGUGCCAAUACCGAUUAUUGAAGAAGUGGUCGGACCAGAACAAAUGGCUAAAAGUGUUAUAGAAGAAAACGUUGGUAGUCCGCCAUCAUUUUGCAAGACUAUGGAAACUAUAACAGACUCGGAAACUGUUGAAAAUGACCAAAAUAUAGAGGCAUCGCAAAGUAAUGAGCAGUCACCAAGUUAUAUUGUCCUUGAGCGCCCUGUUAACCAAAGCGCUCCACCUAGGUUGGCUGAUAUUUCACCCAAGCAAACUGGACAUGGGAAACUAAAGUCACCAAACAUUGGCAUCAAACAGGCAAGAAAGACUAAAGAAGUUCCAGAAAAGCCAAAACGUGAUGGCCAGAAUCGACAAAAGGCGAUGGAGAAGCUAGCAAUCAUGAAGCAAAAUUUACCUGAUGAAAUAAAAGAAGACAAAACAAUUUGGCCGACUCUUGACCAUAAUCUAGUCUCAAUGUCUGACUUAAUAUACCUCAAUCCACCAGUUGGUGCAGGGAAAGAGCUGGGAAUUCGUGCAAAACACAGGAAAGUUUUAGAAGCAGCGAAGAAUGCUCCGACAACCUCAACAUCUUCUACUCCUCUUCCCACUCCUCCUCCACAACCUCCCUCCCCGCCUCCCGUUGAUCAUCAGGAGCAUCAACUUGUUCCUCAAAUUCGAGUUAAUGAAGAUGGGAGCAUCGUGAUCGAUGAGGAGAGCUUGACGAUCAAAAGUCCUCCAAGACAAGGAGGAGCGGUGACAAACGCACCAACUGUAUAUGAGAGUGGGCUCUAUAGCACUAUCAACCAGUGCAGCUUCCGAAAACGUCCAUUUUCAAAAUCCUCCAGAUGGAUUUGGUCAGCAAGACAGACUAGAAAGUUCUAUGCAGCUUUGAGGGUGGUUGGAGCUGAUUUUGGAUUGAUGAGUGCCAUGUUUAGAAAGCGAACACGUGAUGAACUGCGGAGAAAAUUCCUCCUUGAAAGCAAAAACAACCUCGCUAAGGUGGAUGAGGCUCUCAGCCAGCAACAUCUAAGCAAUUGGACCGAUGAGAUGUUCAUGCCAGAAUCUUCUUCAGAAGACGAGGUGGAAAAAGAAAAAGGCAAGAGAAAAAGGAAAACUAAAGUAAAACUUCCAACAGCUUCAAAAAAGCCUAAGCCUGCAGCAAAUGAGGGAUUAAAACAAGUCGUAAUUUCUGUUCCUGUUCCCAUUCCCGAAGUGGUUUUAUAACAUAUGCUUCAGGUUACCAAUGUUGCAUUCAUGGUUUGUUACAUAAAUAAAGUAAUAUAUAUAGUUUUUCUAGUUUCAUCAGCAGAAUUUAAUCCUGUUAUUUAUAGUGUUCUUGGCAGUAACUGAAAUUUUUGUUGCUGAAAUUGUAAGUUGUUCAAAAUAAUAGUACUAAUAUAAAAGGUGGCCUUGGUUGAUUGAUUUUUUGUUUCUAAUAAUAAUAACCAUUGUCAACUCAAACUGUAUAAAAUGUUGAACACAAUAUGUAUUGCACAAAAUGGCCUUUAUGUAGCAACACUGCCUUAACGAGCAUAGAGGUCAAAUUUCAGAUUACUAUCAACUAACACCAUGUGUAUAGGGAUAAUUAUGUUGCAUUCUCUAGCCUAGUUAUUGUUGGCAUUUUUCAUUUAGUUUCUUCUUGUGUUAUAUGAUACAACUUGUACCUGGUGAAAAACUCUGUAUUUCUUCUUUUUUUACUAAGUUACAUGCAGAAAACUGCUGCUGCAUUUGCAAGUGAAUAUUUUCAGUGUGAAAAUCAGGAGUCAUUAAGGUGAUGGUGAAAUGCAAGUGUUCUAGAUAUAUUCGAAUAUAGUAGGGUGAUGGGGUAUGUAGAUAGUAUUCGAUUCACUGUCAUUUCUCGGCGUAAUACAUCUUUGAACUUUUUUGCAAUAAAACAAUAAUGGUCAUAAA